AUAUUUGCGGCACGUGGAGUUGUUAGGCUAUGUAUAGCACCUACCUAUUCGUAGGCACUACGUACCAGUAGGUAGGUAAGGCAUCCUACUUGUCUACCUAAGGCAGCCAGCUAUUAUAAAUGAUAUCCUUUCGACUUUUGAUCUCUUCGAUUUCGCUUCUUCCCACAUCAUCUUCAAUUCCUCCCAUCCCCAUCAAACCGGCCGCUACCUACCUACCUACCUAGUACGCAUCAUGACUUACUCGAUCAUCAUCUUCGCCUACCGCAAGCCCGGUACCACGCCCGAGCAGUUCAAGAAGCAUUACGAAGAGAGCCACAUCCCGCUGCUCCGAGAAAUCGCCGGCGAGACUUUCCCCCUAUCCCACACCCGGCGGUACAUCCUCCGCGCCGAGGGAGAGGCCGAGGGCACGACCCGAAAUGCCACCACGCCGGCCUCCGUGCUUAUGGGGUCUCAGGCCGAUUUCGACUUCGACGCCACGGCCGAGCUGAUCUUUAAAGAUGCCGCCGAGUUUCAGAAAUUCUUCAAGGCACUCCAAGGAACCCCCGCGAACGCCGCCAAGCUCGGCGCCAACGAAGAGCUGUUCCUCGACUUGACCAAAACCUCCAUCGCUAUUGUGGGCGAGACCCUGGUGACGACCAAGGAAUGAAGAAAUGAAAUUUCAGAGGAUGGGGAUUCUUAUGCAGCGACGUAGGUAGGUAAAUAGCAACACAGCACCAGUGAAGAGGGUGGAGUAGGUGGUUUGGUGAAAUCGUAGCAUGCAUAGUAUCAAAACGAGGUUGGUUUUGCUGUCACUUAUUGGCUUAUAUCGCACA